AUGUGGAGAUCAGCUCUCCUAGCCAUAUUCUUGGCUGGGCAUGUUGCUUCCUUUGUGAACAAUCCUAUUGGCACUGGAGUGCGUCUCUUUGGGACUAGAGGACUCCAAACGAGGCAACUAUCUUCGACAUUUGAAAGAACAGAGACUUCGAAUGGAAACAAUAAUGGCAGAGGUGGACCAAGAAAUGACAACCGACAGAACCAGAACUACAAUAGGCGACCCAACAACAAUUUCAGUAGGGGACCCGGUGGCGGUGGUGGAGGUGCUCCAGCACUCAAACUGGAAAAUCCACUAAAGUUACAGAGAAUUGCGGCUGCUCCACCGAGCAAUCCUCGAGGAGGAGAUCAACGAGGAGGACCCAGGAAUAAUAACGCCAGGGGUGGUGGCGGCGGUGGUGGCAACCAGAGAGGCCACGAAGAGACGGACCUCCUCGUCAAGUUGCCAGUAUUGGAGAUGGAGCCGCUCCGGGUCCGGGAGCAACAAGUGAGUCGAAGUAUAAUAACUACAACGACAACACUCGUGGUAGGUAGUAGCAUCAGCACCCAUGUCUGA